CACGUAGCGGAAGUGAAAUGUUGACUCUGGCCUUUCCAUGAGCAGCAACUUUACCUGAUUUCCUUCACAACAAAAUGGACUGGAGCAAAGGUGGUCAUAUGCACGGUCAUGCACAUGACAGCUGUCAGGAUGGACACUCGGGUCAUUCUCACAGUCACGGGCCCAGAGCGGCAGCGUUUGGAACCAUGGGGCUCCCGUUCGUGCCGGCUUUUCACGGACAGUUUGGCGACCACGUGGAUGAAGCGUUGGACCUGAGUCUACAGUCGAAGAAACGGUCGCAUCUGGAUGACAGUAGCAGCUGGGACAUAGUGAAGGCAUCACAGUUUGGCAUCUUGGAUCGCUGUAAGGAGCUGGUGGAGGCCGGGUAUGACGUCAGGCAGAUGGACAAGGACAACGUGUCGCUGUUGCACUGGGCGGCCAUCAACAAUCGCUUGGAGCUAAUCAAGUAUUACAUUUCGAAAGGAGCAAUAGUUGACCAGCUUGGAGGAGACCUGAACUCGACUCCUCUUCAUUGGGCCAUAAGACAGGGCCACCUGCCCAUGGUCAUUCAGCUGAUAAGGUGCGGAGCAGAUCCCUCCAUCGCAGACGGUGAAGGUUAUCGCGCUCUUCAUCUCGCCAUCCUCUUCCAGCACAUGGCCAUAGCCGCUUAUCUUAUGGCUAAGGGGCAGGAAGUUGAUAGCCCUGACUGCAACGGGCAGACGCCGCUCAUGCUAGCAGCCCAGAAGAUUAUCGGGCCUGAGCCCACAAACUUUUUAAUCAAAAACAACGCCUCGGUGAGCGCCGUGGACAAAGUGAACAGGAACACUCCGCUUCACUGUGCCGUUCUGGCGGGCAACGUGGACGCCGCCUGCAUGCUGCUCGAGGCUGGAGCCAGCUUGGAUUUGGAAAACAUUAACGGACACACACCUCUGGAGUUGGCCCACCAGGUGCACAGCCCCCUCCUCAUCUUCAUGCUCAACCAAGUCCAACAGGAGAGGAGCCGAGCCAACUCGCGCUGUUUACGAAUUGUCACCAAAUACAAAAUGUUUCUUCAUUUUAUGCUCUCCACCGCCAUUUUUGGCUGUUUGGCUGCAAUCUUGGAUAUGAAUUCCGACUCCUGGUUGCUCAAAGGGAUCCUGCUGGCAUGCGUGGUUGGUGCCGUCAGUUUGGUCUCGAGGAAUCUCCCCAGUGCCAUGUUUCAGUCGCUUGUACCAACUCUCAUGGCCUCCAUCUUCUGGAUGCUCGUCACUUGGUGCCUCUGGUUCCUACCAGAUGGCCACAGCGCCACGGUGCAGGUUCUUUUCACGCUCACCGCCACCGCUCUGCUCUACUACUACCUGCGUGCCUGCAAGACUGACCCUGGAUUUGUAAAGGCGACUGAGGAGGAGAAGAAAAUGAAUGUCUUGGUGUUAGCUGAGGCCGGGUGUCUGGACCCGAGCAUAUUCUGCACUUCCUGCAUGCUUAAGAAACCGGUUCGAGCCAGCCACUGCCCGAUAUGUGACGCGUGUGUCGCCAAGCAGGACCAUCACUCCGUGUGGACCAACUCUUGCAUCGGAGCCAGGAAUCAUCUUUACUUUGUCCUCUUUCUGAUCUGCCUUUUGCUCAUGGGCGUCUGGAUGUUCUACGGUUGCCUCGUGUACUGGUCGAAACGUUGCAUGCACGAGGGGAACGGUCCGCUGGCGGUGGUCUUGGCCGUUGUCGACUGCUCUCCGUGGUUGCUGUGCAUCUUUUUCUUGGCCUUAUACCACACCUGCUGGUCCAGCUUCAUCCUACUCCUGCAGCUCUACCAGAUCGCUUUCCUCGGACUGACCACUGCCGAGAGAAUGAGUCUGAGUAUACACGCAAGAAACCACAGACAAUCCUUGUCCCUGUCCCAAAAUCCAUACAAUUUGGGUGUCUUGAGGAACCUGGCGUCCUUCUUCCAGCUGCGCUGCUGCGGCCUCUUCAAACCGGCCAUCAUCGACUGGACGCAGCAGUUCCAGCCAGGCCGCGACCAACGUUUGUACAAACACACGGACUUGGUGUAAAUCUCAGGAGAGACCUUAAGCCACCGCUUCGGACCAAAAAAAAAAAAAAGCACAGGGUCAUUAUUUAUUUUUUUAACUCAUCCAAAGGCUCAUUAUAAAGGGAAAUCACUCCAGUGGAUUUUUUUUUCUUUUUGUAUAGGCCUGUUGCUGCCUUUUUGACCUGUGGAAGUCAAACACAUCACUUUAUUGUAGAAAUGUAAAUUUUUUAUUGCCAUUUUAAGUUUCUCACGCUCGUUUUUUUUAAAAAUGGAGAGUAAAGAUAUUUCUACGUGCUAAGUGUGUUUUGUAUGAAUGGCAUGAGUUUCAUAAUGAAAGACCACUAUGUUAUUUCAAUAAAAGCAAAUUGUUCUUA